AUGCGUCUGCUUCAGUCAAUAUUGGCUUUGACCCUCGCGGCAUCAUCUGCCACAGCGGUACCGUCCGAGUCCAUCAAGAGGAGAGAAAUAAGCGCCCGCGGACAAAGAGUAGACACGAAAUACUUCCACGAGCCGGGCGGCGACAACGAGCUGGGCCACUAUGACAUCCGGUACUUCAAGCAGAAGGUGCCAUACGAAGAACACCGGCCAGCGCUGCAGCACCUCAUCAGGUCCUACUUGACCACCUUCCGCAGCCUCGGCGUUGAGACAUGGCUCGCACACGGCACCUUGCUCGGCUGGUGGUGGAACGGGAGGAUCAUGCCCUGGGACUACGACCUCGACGUGCAAGUCAGCGCUCAGACACUGUACUAUCUCGGCAACAACCUCAACCGCACCACCCACGAGUACAACUACUUCGACCCUAUCAGCGGCAAGCCCAUGAAGAAGGAGUAUCUGUUGGAUAUCAACCCGCACCACUCCGAAAUCACACGCGGCGACGGCCAGAACGUUAUUGAUGCGCGCUGGAUUGAUCUGAGCAAUGGCAUGUUCAUCGACAUCACCGGCCUGGCCGAGCGCGACAGCCACAGCCCCGGCGUCUGGAGUUGCAAGAACUUCCACAAGUAUCGCACCACUGAGUUGUAUCCUAUGAGGGAAACUGAGUUUGAGGGCGUACCUGCAACCAUCCCAUACAGCUUCGACUACAUCUUGACAGACGAGUACGGCCACAAGAGUUUGGUGACGACACAGUGGGCCGGCCAUCGUUGGGAACCCGAGCUGAAGGAAUGGAUUAAGAUACCCAAAGACGACGAAAAGAAGGAGGAGGAUAAAGAACAAAAAGCGUAA